CAACUGGGGAUGGAAAAAGUUACAUGAAAACCAGAUUUUAUAUAGCUAGAUCAUAUUGAAAACUGUAUUAUUAUAUCAAACCAAUAUAUUUUGACAUCGUCAUGCAUGACUUUGCCAGUGGUUUAUGCAGAUAAAAAAAAUCAGGCAAGGGAAAAUUGUGCACUUGAAUUUGUACUUCCGCGUACAAUGUUUUUUUCCAGCGACAUACGACAACUUUCGAACAGCGAACCAUAAUAGACGUUUGUCAGUCUUUUUUUUGUUGUUGCUGUAUUUUGAGGGGGGAGCGUUUGGGGCUCAGUGGUCUAACCCAGCCAUGAGCAUCAUCGGGGCCGAGGAUGAGGACUUUGAGAAUGAUCUGGACCCCACGGUGGAUGACCACAGCAGUCACUUCACCAGUAUAGAGCUAGUGAAGAGCCGGCCAACCCACCUGCUGGUCUUCCUUCAGCACGUCAUCCUGCAGUUCGACUGUUCCUCCCUGUUGUGUUACCUCCAUGCUGACCUCUUCAAGUACCUCAGUACCAAAGAGACCAAGAAGCAGUUUGUGGAGUUCUACAACAGCUUCCUGGACAAGGGCGCUAUUCUCAGAGUGCAAAUCCCUCACAAUGUAUCGUUUGAGUUGGACCGUACCAGACCAGACCUGCUCAGUGAGGAGCAGCAGAGGAAGUUUGUCCAGGAUGUCCAGUUGGCUCAGGCCCCAGAGGUGCUGCGACAGCUGGAAGACUUUAGGCAGAAGAGGAUGAUGGGUAUGACCCCUAACGCGGCAGAGCUGCUGGAGGUGGAGUCUCACUACCCCACCGAUCGUAUCCCCAUGGAGAUGAAGGAGAAGGCCGUGGCAGAGACCCUGCUGGACAAAAUGUCUGAGAUCCAUCCCUCCAUCGUCGCAGACGAGGAGAAAUGUUCGUCGAUCUUUGCAGCAGUGGCCUUCUACAUGAAGCACCUAGGAGUGAAGUCCAGAGUAGCUGACAGUAAGAAGUCCAGAGGGUUCUUCAGGAGACCCCUUGGGAAGAAUAAGAAGAGUGAGGAGUCCACUAAAUCUAAACCGAAGGGGGGUUUUCCCAACAUCCUCAGCGCCGCCGGUGGCUGGAUUGCUGGCAGCACUGAGGUCAAACUUCCUAAAGUGGAGGCUGAAGUGGAUAAAGAGAAGGUGAAUCAGGAGCGUAAGGUUCCCAGCAGCCUCGUCCCCUCUCGAGGCUCCUCCGCCCCUGAUGCCGCCCCUCCAGCAUUAAACAGGAAGUCUGUUUCCACAGGAUCCUCCCCCCAUCAGGGUUUGGAGGUCAGCGAGGGCUCAGGGGUUCACAUCAGUGUGACCUCCAGCCCAGACUUCUCCCACAGCGAGAUAGGUCUGUUCAGCAGUCGUUCGGACCCCCAGUUGGUGGCGGAGGGGGGCGAGGUGUCCCCCGCGGGGAUGGCAGGGGGGCUGGCUGUAUGGGAGCCCCCCUCACCCAAUGAACCCCCCCUGGAGGAAAACCUGGACAAAGACAGUGUUGAUGAAGGGGUGUUACUCCCCGAGGGUGUGCUCCCAGGUCUUUCCCUCUCUGGCCCCACCCCCCAGCAGGAGGAACAGGACCCUCGCCUCCUGGAGCUGGAGCAGGACCCGCCCAACUGGAGAGAACACACCCCCCCAGACACCCUCAAAGACCUCAGCAAGAAGGAGACCAAGCGACAGGAGGUCAUCAACGAGUUGUUUGCGACGGAGCACGCCCACGUGCGCAUGCUGAGUGUUCUGCAGACAGUGUUCUGGAAGCCUCUGGAGAGAGAGGAACUCAUGACCGCCACAGAGCUGGCCACCAUCUUCCCCAGCCUGGAUGAGAUCAUAGACAUGCACUAUGCUUUCUAUGAGCACCUGAAGAAGCUGCGUCAGCACAAUUUCAUCGUCAAGGCCAUCGGAACCACGUUACUCAACAGGUUUGGAGGGACAGAGGGUGAGUGGUUUCAGAAGCUGACGUCUAGGUUCUGUAGUCACCAGACGUGGGCCCUGGAACAGCUGAAGAUGAGACAGAAGAAAGACCCUCGUUUCAACUCCUUCAUACUGGAGGCAGAGAGUAGGCCUCAGUGUCGUAGGCUGCAGCUGAAGGACAUCAUCCCCACUGAGAUGCAGAGGCUCACCAAAUACCCCCUACUGCUGGAAAACAUUGCCAAGUGCACAGAGGACACCUUGGAGAAGGAGAGUAUUCAGCAGAGUGCAGAGUGCUGUAGGAAGAUCCUCAACCACGUCAACGAGGAGGUCAAACAGAUGGAGAACCUGCUGACCCUGAAAGACUACCAGCGCAGGCUGGACACCUCAGGACUCAAACCCAGUAACGAGCUGUAUCUGGAGUACAAGUACCUUGACCUGGCCCAGAGAAGGAUGAUCUAUGAGGGGCCUCUGACCUGGAGAGUGACCAAGGAGAAAACAUUAGAAGUGCAGUGUGUGUUGCUGGGGGAUCUGUUGGUGCUGUUACAGAAGCAGGAUGAUAAGAUGGUGUUGAAGUGUCAGAGUAAGAGUAACAUCGCUGUUCAGGAGGGCAAGCAGAUGCUCAGCCCUAUCAUAAAACUAGACUCUGCCUUCCUCCGAGAGGUGGCCACAGACCGUAAGGCCUUCUAUGUGAUCUUCACCUGGGACAGCGGGGCUCAGAUCUACGAACUGGUGGCUCAAUCUGUCGGGGAGAGGAGGAACUGGACAGAUGUGAUCAAGAUGGCGGUAGAUGAGCUGAAGAAGACAGGACCUCCAUCUGACCUGAAGAGAGGAAACAGCAUCUUAACUGGAGGAGGAAACCCAUACAGCCCCACCACGUUUCCUCAACCCCCUCUCAGCCCCACUGAAAAUGGAGGAGUCUUGUUGAAAAACAGCAUUGAACGAGAUAAGAACAUCCUGACGGAUGAGAUGAAGUCUGUGGACUCUCGUCAUUCGCUGAUUGAUUACCUCUCGGACAAAGGCUUCGACUUGAUUGGCCACAGCAACAGUGAUCAGGUGAAAGUGGCCAAUAGCGCGUUAAACGAAGUCAUAUCCCUCAAGAGGCUGUUGGUUGGCAGCAUCAGCCUAUCAGACAACUCACAGCCUGAUGAGGAGAAUGGAAGAGAGGUACCAGAGAGCCAGGACCAUGGACUGCAAGGGGAGGAGGGUGGAGGGAUGAAGAUAGAGGAGGAGGGAGGGAUCAGUGCUCCUCUGGUUCUGUCCCAGGAGAGGAUGGAGGAGGUGCGCCGGAAACUGCAGAGUCUGGAGGUACAGCUGAAGAGACUGCAGAGUGUUGAGGAGGAGCACCACAGGCUGCAGCAGGCCCUGUCUAAGUUCUCCCUGGAGGGGGGCAACUUCUAGUGGGACACCAGAUCACUGUAAGUGCUGGAUUGGAGUGCUCGAGUUGCUUUUGGAGGAUUGAUGAAUGCGUCCUGGAAUUUCCUAUUUACUAAACACUCUCUGUGCUCCACUGCCAUGCCUGAGCCCUUGUUAAACAUUUCCAGGGGGUCACAGCCAACCGUGAGGCCCUUGCAAGGCGGAGGAGGAAGGCUUUACGCAAAGUAGUUGAGUAAUGCAAUGUGGGAGGGGUGUGUUUGAGGUGUUUGUGAAGAUGCUAGUAUGUGCAAGUGAGUGAGCGUGUGAGAGAUGGGAGUUUUGCAAACAGGUGCCAAAGAUUGGAGCAGUAGUUUGCUGUGAGAGAGAUGCUGCCUGGGCUUAUUGAUUGUGAGCUUCUGCAACACACACACACACACACACACACACACACACACACACACACACACACACACACACACACACACACACACACACACACACACACACCACACACACCAGAUACUUCCCCCAGUGCAUGUUCGGUAAAUAUAUCUAUCAUUGCCAACUGUAGGGGUUUGGACUGUAUAAUAAACCCCCAUGUAUGCAUGUAGCGAGAGAUACUAGUGUCAGCCCUAUAGAGGGCGAUGUAGAGCUGUAGAACCAGACAGGAACAUGCUCAGAGUUGUGAAAUUCUGGUAACUUUUCCAAAAUUCACAGGUUUUCCCCAAAUCCUGGUUGGAAGAUUCCUGGAUUCAGGAGGGAAUAAGGAGGAAUUCUGGGAGUCCUUCAACCGGGGAUUUCUGAAAAUCCUGGGAUUUUUGGGAAACUUUCCAAACCUAGACAUUUUACUGAACAUUUAGUAUGCCUCUAUAUCCAGUACAUGCCAAAGUACAGCAGAGAUGCACUUUUAAGUUAGUAUAAUCCAAUUCAAGUGACCACCCACACUGAAUUCCCAACCUUGAAUUUGCAAAUAUUUAUUACUAUUAUUAUGAUAAUAUAUAAUAUGCCAUUUAGCAGACGCUUUUAUCCAAAGCAACUUAGUCAUGCAUGCAUACAUUUUUACAUUUUACCCCAAUUGUUGAGAAGAUCUGUGCGUGUGUGUGUGUUUGUGUGUUGUAGAAGCAAAAUGUCCUUCUGGAGUUACUGUAAUAGAGUUCUGUUAGAACUGUAAUUAUGGCUCAAACAUUCAUCCAGUAGUAUUGGAAUUGAUCAUGUUGUUAGGGAUAUAGACGGUGUGUCUACGGCUUUUGGCUUCAGCUGCCUCUCAUUUGGACCCUGCUACUGUGCUGGGCCGGGCGAUAGUGGGAUGGACAGAUGCACAGAGAUGGGAUGUAGAUUAGAGAUGGAGGGAUACAGUAAGGAAGAGAGGAGUAAGGGAGGAGAGGAGGCAAAGGGUUUUUCCUUGGAAGACCAACUUGAUUAGUAGUGUAUUAGAUGGUGAUGGAGGUAGAUGUAGAGAGAAGACUUGAAGUUCAGUGUUCAAUGUGCUGUGGAAUCGGUUAUAGGGGCCUCCCGAGUGGUGCAGUGGUCUAAGGCACUGCAUCGCAGUGCUAGCUGUGCCACUAGAGAUUCUUGGUUCGAGUCCAGGUUCUGUCGCAGCCGGCAGCGACAGGGAAACCCAUGGGGCGGCGCACAAUUGGCCCAGCGUUAUUCGGGUUUGGCCCAGCGUCGUUCGGGUUAGGGGAGGGUUUGGCUGGCAUCGAUGUCCUUGUCCCAUCACGCACUAGCGUCUCCUGAGGCGGGCCGGGCACAAUGCACGCUGACACGGUCGCCGGGUGUACAGUGUUUCCUCCGACGCAUUGGUGCGGCUGGCUUCUGGGUUAAAUGGGCAUUGUGUCAAGAAGCAGUGAG